CUCCACAGCCUGACGAGACAGUCAGCGGGACUUCGGCCGAGACUUUAAAGCGCCAUUUUGUGGUCAUUUUGCCGCUCAUGCGCAUCUGAGAGACAUCUCUCUCUGAGUGAAACCGACUGUGAGCGAAGCCAGCUGUGAGUGAAGCCACAGCGGCCAUUCCCAUGUCGUCGGUUCCGCUCCAUGUUGCCGUGGUGUCCUCAAGCAACCAUAACCGGAGCAUGGAGGCGCACUGGGUCCUGAGCAAACAAGGGUUCAAUGUGAAGUCCUUUGGAACCAAGGGCUUUGUGAGGCUACCUGGGCCCACACCUGACAAGCCGAACAUUUAUGAUUUCCAAACAAUGUAUGAAAAAAUAUACCGUGACCUGCUGAAGAAAGAUAGAGCCUUCUAUACCCAGAAUGGCAUUUUACACAUGCUGGAUAGAAACCGGAGAAUCAAGUCUGGCCCUGAACAGUUCCAGAGCAGCAAUGACCUCUUCAAUGUGAUCUUCACAUGUGAGGAGCAAGUCUAUGACCAGGUGGUGGAACACCUGAAUGCCAGGGAACAGAUGGUGUGUCAGCUGGUGCACGUGAUCAAUGUGAACAUCCCUGACAGCUACGAAGAAGCCACCCACGGGGCCUUCCUCAUCUCUGAGCUCUGCCACAGUAUUCAGGAAAUGGAAGAUGUGGAUGACGAGAUAGCAGAGCUGCUGCAGAAGUUCGAGGUAAAGACUGGCAAGACCUUCCUGCACACCGUGUGCUUCUACUGAGGAGGACUGCUCCCAUCCUCUGAUGCUGCCUGAAGUGGUCCUUCAUUAAUGUUGGUUCCUGAGAUUGCUUCUGCGUUUAAGAACAGUUAAGCUGCUACAUAAACUCUGCUGACGAAGUAAGUUGUAUGACUGCCGGGUUUAAAAAGCAGCAGGAUGUUUGAAAAGUUGAAUAUUGAUUCGUUUUUCUCUUUAAAAAUAUUUUAUUGUUAAUUUCCAAACAGCUCAUGUUUCCCUAUGCCUUUAAUUCCCUUCUGCCCUAACUAUAAAAAUAUCUAAACAAACUAACAGAGGGGGGAAGAUGUGGGAUUUUCAAAUACAUGUUCUUGCUUGUUCAAAAACAACAACAAAAAUUCUGCUUAAAUCGAGCUUCAG